GUGCGCAGCUGAUACCAAGCUGCCAGGAUCUGUGGCAGAGCGACUCCGCAGUGCCGGCGCGGAGGCAGCAGAGGUGGAGGCUUUGCGGCUUGCCGCACGUCGGCUUCGUGGGCCCAUUGAGCGAGAUCUCAUGCGCUGCCAGCUAGAAGAAAGGAAGCUUCAACAGAUCCAGGAUGUUCGAGCGCUCUACGCGCGAUUCGUUGAGGAGUGGAGGCAAGCUGGCUUCUUCCGAGAACCGUUGGAAGCAAAGAGGCCGCGGGCCGCCAACUCAGGGAUCGACCUCGUAACGCAGAUCGAUGAGUCCUACGGGCGAGACAUCGGCAGCGAGGUGCCCCUCUGUCUUCUCGCAGAGAAGGAGAAGGUUGGCACAGAUCCUGCAAGUGUUCCACGAUUUCUCCCUCCAGAGGAAUGGUCCGCUGCAGCCGAUGCUUUGGAAAGGCACGGUGUGGCAGUGCUGAGAGGAAUGCUAACAUUGAAGGAGGUGGGCGAGCUGCGCGAGCGAGUCCACCUCCACAGUAGUGCGAUGGACAUCGCUCGCAGUAGAUGCCCUCCAGAAGCAGUGCCCGUGCGUGAGUUCAAACCUGAAGCUCUGCAGGCCGAGGAUGAGGAACUCGAACCUUUCAUGUCGGCACCCGGUCGACAACACUACUAUCUUCGCGGGAGAGUUUUCGAACAGGCCGUGCAAGCAGCUCAAAGGGCGGCCAUGCCGCUGGUUUGGGAGGUGCUGUGCCGCCAGCACAGCGCGGCAGGUUUCCUGCAGACGACGAAGCCGUAUGUCUCUGAGGUCCAGCUGAUGACCUCGGAUCCUUGUGCCACAGACCAGUUCUGGCACAUGGACAACACAGCUCCCGGCUUGACUCUGGUGGUACCUCUAACUGCCGUCCCUGAGGACAUGGGGGCCACCUUGGUGCUGCCCGGCUCCCAUCGUCUUUUCGGACAGGAGCUGGGUUUAUUUUCCAAGACGCGCGCCUCCUUGUCUUCCUUGCUGCUAGCAAGUUCUCGACCCGCUGUGACCCUGGAGCCUGGAGAUGCCUUCUUGUACGACUCGAGGCUCCUGCACCGCACUGCAGCAAACCGUCGCUACGAUCGUAUGGCUGCGGUGCUGGUCUUUCGCUAUGAUUACGAGAGGCCUCCUGGAAUUGGGCUCUUGGGGUCACAGCUGUUCUCCUGGUGUGGCAACUUCUUGUCAGGUUUCCAUCGAUUUUACUGUCGGCUGCCUGGACCUCUCGACUCGUAG